UAAAUGCCGAUUGUUGGACAACGAUAACAACAAGUUGUUCAAAGUUCGUUUACUUAGCAAAUUAAAAUAUAAAUUUGAUUUUUCAAGCUGAUUUUGUGGUUUAAGAUUGGAAAAAAGCUAAGAUUUUUAUUGAAUUAAAUACUUAAGCUGUAGUUCCACUCCAAAGCAGUUUAGUUCUCCAAUUCCAGUCCAACUCAACACCAUUAAGGCCACAACAUCAUGAAAUUCUACUACAAUCCACUGUCACAACCAUCAAGAGCUCUUUACAUCUUCUUAAAAAUGAACAACAUUCCAGCCGAAUUCAUCACAGUUGGUCUACAAACUGGUGAGCAUUUGUCAGACGAGUUCAAGGAAAUCAACAGAUUCCAAAAAGUUCCAUGUAUUGUUGAUGAUGACGGUUGGAAGUUGGCUGAGAGUGUUGCUAUAUUUAGAUACCUAAUGACUCAAUACCCCCAAAUAUCAACCAACUGGUACCCAUCAGACCCCCGAACUCGAGCAUCAAUCGAUGAAUACUUAGAAUGGCAACACAACAACACCAGACUUGGCUGUGCUAUUUACUUCCAAAUUAUGAAAAAGAUCGGACCAUUUGCCAAUCAGCCUGACGAGAGCUUCCUGCACAUUUUUAAAUUCUUGAUGGAAUCGACGCUUGAAACUUUUGAGAAUGUUUGGCUGAAAGAAAAGAAAUUUUUGGCAACUGACGAUGAAAUUUCGUUUGCUGAUAUUUUGGCGGCUUGUGAGAUUGAACAGCCUAGGAUGACUGGAUAUGAUGUCUUUGAAGGUAGACCAAAGUUGAAGGAAUGGUAUGAGAGAGUUAAGGAUGCAACGAAGGGUUACUAUGAUGAGGCUCAUGCUAUUGUUAAUAGAAUUAUUGCUAAAAGUCAGAAGGCUAAGUUGUGAAAGGGGUCGAACUUAAAUUUUGUGUAUUUUUUUAAAAUAAAAAAAUGUGGUUUUUUGGAUAAUUGAAUUUUUUUGGUAUUUUUGGUAAAGGGCUGUUCAUAAAUGACGUCUAUAUGAUUUUUUGAUACCGCUUUUCACAUAGUGUGUAUGAAAAAUAAUUAGUUUUUAAGAACUCUCAAAUUUUAGAACACCCCCCUCCCUCCGGUCAUUGAAA